GAGGGCGGCCCUCAGCCGGAACCAUGGCGAGAUCCAGCAUCAGCGACUACGAUCGCACCGAGGCUUGGCUGGAUGAUCAUUUAGACUUUGCGCAUUCAUACUUUGUCCGGAAGGCAACCAGGGAGAUGGUCAAUGCCUGGUUUGCAGACAGAGUGCACACUAUUCCCACCACAAACGAAACUGUGAGAGACCUCAGCCCUAUGCAUCAAAUGACCCAGCCUGAAAGUGCCACACCUGGGACACCUACAAGGAAAAUAUCUGCUUCAGAAUUUGACAGGCCCCUGAGACCCAUGCUUGUUAAAGAUUCUAUUGGGGGUUUAACAUUUGUCUUUGACCCAGAUAGAAAGGAACAGAUGCCAUUCAAGUUUCCCAAGCCUGCAUGUGAAGCCAAACCUGUCAAUGACCAGUGUUCCCGACUUUUAGAGCUUGUCAAGGAUAUUUCCAGCCAUUUAGAUGUUACAGCGCUCUGUCACAAAAUCUUUCUCCACAUCAAUGAAGUCAUUGCUGCUGACAGAUAUUCGCUCUUCCUGGUGCACGAGGACAGCUCAAAUGAAAAGUUUCUCGUGAGUCAGCUCUUCGAUGUUGCAGAAGGUUCCACACCUGAAGAAACUUCAAACAAUUGCAUCCGGUUGGAAUGGAACAAAGGGAUAGUUGGAUAUGUAGCAGCUACAGGAGAGCCACUGAAUAUUAAAGAUGCAUAUGAGGAUCCCAGGUUUAAUGCAGAAGUUGACCAGAUCACAGGAUACAAGACGCAGAGUAUUCUAUCGAUGCCAAUAAAGAAUCAUGAAGAGGAGGUUGUUGGUGUCGCUCAAGCAAUCAACAAAAAAUGUGGAACAAAUGGAGCAUUCACCAAAAAAGAUGAGAAGGAUUUUGCAGCCUAUUUGACCUUUUGCGGGAUUGUUCUCCACAAAGCCAAAGUGUACGAGACUUCGCUACUUGAAAACAGGCGCAAUCAGGUUCUACUUGAUCUAGCCACCCUGAUAUUCGAGGAGCAACAUUCCUUGGAAGUAAUUUUGAAGAAGAUUGCAGCAACUAUCCUUUCGUUCAUGCAGGCUCAGAGCUGUACCAUCUUCAUUGUGGAUGACAGCUCUUCUGAUUCAUUUUCCAGUGUCUUCCACAUGACUUCAGCAGAGCUUGGAGAUCCGUCAGAGUUCCAGAGAAGGAGUUAUGAUACAAAUAAAAUCAACUACAUUUUUGCAAAGUACGCAAAAAGCACCAUGGAAACCUUGAAUAUUUCAGAUGUUAGCAAGGAUACACGGUUUACAUGGACAAGUGAAAAUGCAGAAAGUACAAACAAACAAAUAAAAAGCUUGCUCUGCACCCCAAUUAAAAAUGGAAAGAAGAAUAAAGUGAUAGGUGUCUGUCAGUUGAUGAACAAAAUUGGUGAAACCGUUGACAAAAUCAGUGCCUUUAAUAAAAACGAUGAGCAGUUUCUGGAAGCAUUUGCCAUUUUUUGUGGCUUGGGCAUACAGAACACUCAGAUGUAUGAAACUGUUGAAAUGGCCAUGGCAAAACAGAUUGUGACACUGGAGGUCCUUUCAUAUCAUGCAUCUGCCACUGAAAAUGAAACUGAGGCGCUUCAGGUAACAGCGGCUAUGACUGUCCCUUCUGCUCAUUCACUGAAGCUGCUCGAUUUUAGCUUCAGUGAUUUUGACCUGACUGAAGUUGAAACGACGCUGGCUGCCAUCCGAAUGUUCAAGGAUCUGAAUUUUUUACAGAACUUCCAGAUGAAAUACGAGGUUCUUUGCCGCUGGAUUUUAAGUGUUAAAAAAAAUUAUCGAAGACAUGUAGCAUAUCACAAUUGGAGACAUGCAUUUAAUACUGCUCAAUGCAUGUUUGCUGUGCUGAAAUCUGGCAAAAUUCAGAACAAGUUAACAGACCUGGAGAUUUUAGCCCUCAUUAUAGCAACCCUGAGCCAUGAUCUGGACCACAGAGGGGUGAACAAUGCUUUCAUAAAGAGGAGUGAGCACCCUCUGGCUCAACUUUACUGUCACUCCAUGAUGGAACAUCAUCACUUUGAUCAAUGUGUCAUGAUACUCAACUCUCCUGGAAACCAAAUUCUGAGUGGCCUUUCUCUGGAUGAGUAUAAAAUGACACUGAAAAUGAUUGAGCAAGCCAUUUUAGCCACAGAUUUAGCAAUCUACAUAAAGAGGAGAGAAGAAUUUUUUGAUCUGGUGAAAACCAAUCAAUUUGACUGGGAAGUUAAAAGUCACAAAGAGCUUUUAAUGGCGAUGUUGAUGACAGCAUGUGAUGUGUCUGCAAUAACCAAACCUUGGCCUGUUCAACAAAAGACAGCCGAACUUGUGGCAACAGAAUUUUUCGAACAAGGUGACAAAGAGAGGGAAGAGUUAAAAAUUGAACCCAUUGAUUUAAUGAACAGAGAGAAAUGUGAUCAGAUCCCCAGCAUGCAGGUUGGAUUCAUUGAUGCAAUCUGUCUUAAGUUAUAUGAGGCUCUGGCAGAGAUAUCUGAAGCUUGCCUCCCAUUGCUUGAAGGCUGUAGGAAUAAUCGAAAGAACUGGGAAAUGUUAGCCACUCAAAAACUGGUGAAUGGCGAAAAAAAAUGAUGGCCUUGGUGAUUCAUCCUGUAGCCUAUUGAGAACACAGGACUCAUUUUUUGGGAUGAAUUUGGGGCUGACAAGCAGUUGUUUUUUUUGCUGCCAAUUGUGUAUAGAAUGUAGUAAAAACUGUUAGUAGCUCAGUGAAAUAAGAACUAUUAGCUCCCAACAGGUUGGGCUGUUUUCCAAAUCACUUAGACAAGCUGUUAUUUUCAGUUUAAUUGUUAUCACGUUCACAGACCAUAGGACAACCAAUAAACUGGCUGAAUGUAUCUGCAAUUUGUUAAUACCAGUCAGAAAAGGAAAGGGACAGCCAAGUCCUGCAACUUAAGGAAUCCAGGAGUUUCAGACUCUGAAAUUUUGAUGUUUUAACCUAGCAGACAUGUUCUUAAUACUUAUUUUAAAAUGUAAAUGAAUUCGUCAAUUAUUAUUUAAAAAUACACCAUUACAACCUAACACAUUAUUGUUCAAUUUUAAAAAAUAACUUCUUAGCUAGAUUUGGCUGCUAUGAACUUACUGUCUAGCUUUGAGAGAAUGAAAGAAAUAUUUGUAGUCUUGCUUGGGAUGUGGUUUGCCCACGAAUAAGUACAGCAUUCCAUUUCGUAGCCAAUCCAUGUGCUGGGAGAGUUGUGUGGCUUCCAAUCAAUGUAUUUAUAUAUUAUAUAAUGUCACUAAAAAUGAGACUUGUCUCUUGGUCUUGCACACAAAGAAAUUGUAGCAGUUGAAUCUUGUAAAGGCAAGUAUAUUAUAUUUUACAACAUUGUUGGGAUAGUUUUAUAACGGGUAGCAUGUUUUACAUUUCAAAGUGCACAUAUUUCAAUGUAUUGAUGAUAGGGACACAAGGCACCAUCAACAAUUUAUUUUGCUGAUAUUUGUACAUGGUGGCAUUACAGAAUUUGCUUUUGCACAGUUUUUGAAUAUUGUAAUUAAUUAUAAGUAGUUAUUUCUGACAGUAGUAAUUAUUGUGUACAUUCAUAAACUCCGCACUUCUGGUGUUGUUGCUCCUUUCAAUUGUGGCUUCCCAUUGCGAGUGUAAGAUUGGUGAUUUUACCCAUAUGUUUUUAGAAAUAAUACUACGUUGUCAUGGGGGCCAUUAUCCUUUAUAUCUUCAGUGUAUAGUUUCAAAUUUAAAUUAUCUACAUUUUAGCAUUUUUUGUUAUACGGCAAUAAAUAUCGCAGAAAUUAGUUCUAUUUAUCAAUCAUAAAUGUUAUAAGAGCCUAUUCCUCUCUAGCAACACAUCCAAGAACAUCAUAUGGGAACAAUACUCAUAUAAUCUUCUCAAUCCAUAAUGCAUACCAUCAACUUUCCUGAUUGGUGUUGCUCUCCCAAGCAGGGAAGGUGGUGAGAUAUUGCCAAAUUUCAAAAUCCAAGAGAGGGAUGAAAGACACUAAUUAAAAUAGUUCUUCUUAUACCACGAUGUAGGUAAUGGCAUGUUUGUUCCAAACAACAACUCUGGGAAUGCUGUUUAAGGUGAUAGCUCAUUAAUGUUACACCAUUAUAAAAAAUUCUGAUGAUUAUUGUUCUAGAGGAUACUGUACUGGAGAUGCAGCUAAACAAGAGAUGUUCCAGUAUAUAGCCUGGGUGUGUAAGAUAAGGACUGAGUUCACAGCUAUGUUUAAUACCACAUGACUCAUAAGUUUAAAAUAUAUAUUUCAGCCAAGGUCAGGAAAUAGUAGGAAACUGAAAGAACGACAGAUGCUGGAAAUCGGAAACAAAAACAGAAAUUGCUGGAAAAUCCCAGCAAGUUUGGAAGCAGCUGUGGAGAGAAAUCAGAGUUAACGUUUUGGGUCCAGUGACCUAUCCUCAGAACUGGGUUUCUGUUUUUUUCCAGAAAUAACAGCACUGGACAGGUUCUCCUAGUGAUGUCAAAUAUGUGUGGGUAAAUAAUAUAUUAGGUAUUGAGGUAGUCAUCGCUAUACCGAGAAAUUCAGGUAAAGCGAGCCAACUCGAUUGAUAUGAUCGGUGUUUCAACUAUUUUCAGUUUCCAUAUAUUGUGCAGGAGAAGCUAUUGAAGAUUUUUGAUCACACUUCAGUUGUUAAUUAAACUGAUUCUUUGCUUAUCUAGUCCUUUACAGGCUUCUUAAAUCAUUACUAAGGAACAACUGUUUCUGAAAUCAUUACUGACAGGCAGAGAACUCUGGUGUUAGUACUGUUUGGAAGGGGAGAUUGGUUAGAAACCUUGUUGCACCUCAUGAAUGCGUCUUCAGCUGACUCAGCAUUUAUCUUCAAACAUUGUGAUCAAAUAUUUGGGUAGUUUUAAAGCAGUAGCAUAGAAAUAUGUUGCUCUGAUAGGAAAAAAAAGUUAUUUUCAUAAAAUGUUAUCUCGAGUUGUAAAACAAAUGUAUGAUUUAUACAGCACCAGGGCACUGCAAUAUCAGUGCCUGACAGACUUUUCCAUAAGAUCGAUAGUAAAUCAAUUCUGAGUCCUUAGUUUAUAAAUUCAUUAAAACAUUGUUUAAUUAUUUGUUUUAUUACACUGGAUUGCUUCUAAUUAUUGUCAAUUUUAAGUUUUAACGUAGAAUUAGAGUGCAUUGCAUUAUACAAUGGCCUAUAAUGUUAGGUUGAAAAUUUUAUCAGUCAGUUAGUUAAAAUGUGAUGAUGGGUCUAUAGCAUGAAAUUGUUUCUAAUGCAGUAUUGGAUUGGCAUUCUCAAUAAGGCUACAGGGAUGACUGACAUGGAAAUGGAACUGUACUAUUUUGUUAAGUAUUACUAUCCCAAAAUUGGAGUUAUGGUGGGAUUGAUCAAAGAGAAAUUUAAUGCUCUAGAUGUGGGAGUACUUAAUAAUAACAAUGGAUACUUGAAUUGGGAAUGUGCUCCCUUCACCAGCCCUUGCCUUGUAGAGGGUCAAAAUGUAGAGGGCUGUUUUAGACUACUGACAAAUUGUAUGAAUUUGGAGGCAAUAUGAGCCUCCAUAAACAUCUCCAGCCAUAACCAUGUUGAAAUUAACAUGAGAAGCAAGCAAAGAAAAGAAUUUGAAAAUAUCUUCUGGCAAAACUAUUCACUGUACUCCUGACAACAUUCCCCUACCCACCCCAUUAAUUCAUUUCACUCCACAAGAUAUUUAAGGAACAGAUGAGCUUGUUGUUCAUAGUGCAAAGUUGUGACCCCUAAAAAUACACAUGCUGAUAGCCAGCACACUAUAUCUAGUCAUCCAAGCCAAACUGUUCUUAUGAAUGUGUGAUUGUGGUAUCUUUCCACAAAUUGCCAAUACACGAUGAAUAAUUAAAUCCAACCUGGCUAAUUAUCAAUCUACUAGCUUCUUGCUUGUCAACAGGAAAUUAAUGAAAAGAGUCAUCAGCAUUGCCAUUGUAUGAUGAUUACUUGUCAAAGGCUUGCUCAUUGACUUUCAUUUAGUUGUGACUAGAAUUACUUGAUUCCAAUCUCAUUCCAGUCUUGACCAUGAUGCAUAUGGUAAAAGUGAAAAACAAGGUAAGAGCUGUACAUCUCAAAACCAAGGCAGCAUCUGAGAAGCAGUACUUCCAUGGAAUACUAUUCACAAAUUCCGGACAUCCCAAAUUGCUUUACAGCCAACUGAGUACUCUAGUACUCUGUAGUCAUUAUUCUAGCAUAAGAAAUACGUGGGAAAUUUGCACACAGAAAGCUCCCACAAACAACAAAGAGAUAACGACCAGGUUUUUAAAAAAUAUUGACAGAGGGAUAAAUAUUGGCCCAGUCAUUAACGGAUAGCUCCCCUGUCUCCCCUGCUCUUCACAUCCAUGUGAGAAAUCAUUUGUGACUUCAACUUAAUAUCUCUUUACUGCAGGAGUUCCUCAGGUUAGCAUCUUUGGUUCAACCAUUUCAUGAGUGAUUCCCCCUCUAUUGUAAGGAUAGAGAUGCUCAAUGAUUUUUGAGCUCCAUUUACUACACCUUUGAAAUGACAGCCCUUAUCAUUUUGCAGCAGGAACUGAAUAUUCAACAAUAAAUAGUGAAGCAAUGACUUUAAAAAAGAGAAGUUCCAAUUGCAUCCCCAUCUUAAACAGCAUCAUAAUUGUUGAGGUCCCCAUCAACAUCUCAAGAGUUACCAAUGACUGGGAAGUUAAUAGGAGCAACCAAAAUAAAAUGUGGCUAUUAAGUGCAAGGCAGAAGCUGGGUACUCAAGAAUGAAACUAGCCCAAAUCCUCUCAUCUAUUAACACAUGGUAGGAGUCCCAUCAACAUUGUUUAAGAUGGAGUAGUUGGUUUGACUGUGUCCAUACUACUGAAGUUAGUAAGCACUGCCUCCAGCACCAGUGAAUCAUGAUUAUAGCGUGAACAAUCUACAGGAUAUAUGCGGCAACUACUAAGAUGAAUUCAAAAGCACCUCUCCGUCACCAAAAAGAGUUGAGCAGCAAUAUCAUGAGACCACCAUCAUCUCUGAAUUCCCUUCAAUAUACUUACCAUCCUAUAAUGCAACAUUGUUCUAUUUUUGCAGCAUCUUAGAAUUCUUUACAUUAUACCACAAUGAGAAUAGCCUUGUACAAGGGGUUGGAUUACUCAGGUAGAUAAGAGCCUGGUGCAGAUUGACACUACAGCAUGGGGUUAGUUCUUUUACUGGCUGAGAGUUUGUGGAGGUCUAUCGACUAACCUGCCCAUAAUAUCAUUAUGGUAUUAGCCAUUAUUAGUGACCCUCAGUGGACUGAAAGAAAGAGAAAGAAGCAGUGAGACAACCUGAACUGGUCAUCCUCAGCAGCUGUCAAGCUACCCAGAUGUCUUGGAGCUUAUUUGCUUCUGGGAUCAACCUGUGAGAAUGGGACCAGCAGAAUGCAACCUUCCUUCACUAAAUCAAAUAUUCCAAUGUAGCAUUAGCUGUAAAAGUGUGAUCUUUGAAGUCAUCUACAGUUUUGACAUAAACAAGGUGUCUGCCACCACUACUGCUAUUGAGAACCACAAUAAUUCAUGGGAAAGGUCCAAUACCACCAUCUCAGAGCAGACAGGGACGGGUAAUAAGUUCUUGGAAGUAGGCUCCCAUGCCCCAAGAACAAAUUGAAAACAUCAAAACUGUACCUAGUGAGUUUCUGAAGUAGUCAUUUGGUAUUUGUUGUAAAAGGUUCUCAGGCACAGAAAUACAAUGAAUGUUGCCUUCCUGUUCUUCCCUCCUCCCUCAUCACAUUUUUGUUGACUUCCUCAAACAUGAAAUACUGGUAGUUUGAACAAGUCGCUAACAUACAAUGUCACACAAUGUCUUAAAGUUCCUUUUGGUAACCUCAUGGGUAAUGGGCAUCUUCAGCUACAGCUGUGAGUCAUAAAAGUCAUAAGGUCCUGCUAUAUGUUGAAUUGAUUUGAGCAGCAGUUGUUUUUUUUACUGAUAGUUUUCAUGGUCUUGAACAAGGGGAAGGAAACAUAAGCUAGCAUUCCUCUUCCUGAUGGUGCCUAUUAGAAAGAGAGCACAUUUAGGUGUCAGACGGUGAGUGCACAGUUCAGCUUCAAAGACAUCUAUAGUUUCUUUUUAAAAAUGUGCAGACCCUCAUUAUCUAAAUCAUGUAUGAUGAACAGAUAUUACGUCAAGAUCACAGAGGACUGCCUGUAUCUUGGAACAAUCAUGGGAAACAGAUUACAUUGCAAGUCACUUUGAUGACAAAUAAUGUUUAAAGGAGGGUACUGCACAGGCUUGUAAAUACUUUGAUCGCUGCAGUAACAAACAGUAUUCCUUUAUAAAGUUGGCUGUACAUGAAUUUGUAAAGGAUAAAGGCUACUAGCUCUCUGAUGGACCCUAUUGUGGUUAUGUUGGAGUACAGGCUAUGCACAGAAAAUAGGCUGGUACUGGGAUGUGGCAGAUGUCAUAGAUUACUUGGAGUUUAGGUGGAAUCAUGGCUGAGGCGAAAGUCUCUUUGCGCUCCAAUGUCAGAAGGGAUAGGGCUGAAAGCCAAGACUCCCUUUGCUGUGAGUUGCUGCUUCAGAGCUCCAGUGGCAUUCUGUAGUUAUCCUACGACUAGCAUGCUCAGCUGUGAUGUACCAGCCUCCUGAAGCUGGCAGAGUAGACCCCAUCAGACUGGACUCAAGUUUCAAUUCCAGGAAGCAGUCAAGAAAAAAGAUUAUUUUUUAAAUGGUCCAUCCUGUAUUGUGAGGGAACCAAAGUGUCUAGAUGGCAGCAGAUACCAGAAUUCUGGCCUUUGUGAAUUGGUGAAUACACCCAGGACUGUUGGCAAGGAGCAAUCCCAUAAUAAUAAUCAGGUGCUCUUUUGCCCAAUCUGCAGUCUGUGGCAGGCGAACAUUGGCAAGCUAUGGGAGUGGCAAGGGUUAGUGGACCUGUACAAUUUCUAUGGAAUAGCAUCCAGAGCCAAGAUGUUCCAAAGGAAAACACGUGAAACCUGAUUUAAAUUGUUAGCCCUACAGCAAUGGCCACAUAGGAAUGUCAACCAGGAUUUGUGCUAAAUAGAGUGUGAAAUGCAUGCCUAAUCUCUGCAUAUGCAGACUACUUAAACAUUAAGACUUUAUGGUUUUAGAUACAUUGCUUUGAGACUUCACGAGAUUAUUUUAAAUAAUUUGUUUGCACAUUUUUGAUUAAAUGCUGUGAUACUUAUCAUUUAGCAACCAGAGGCAAUUAUUCUCAGUACAAAUAUGUUUAUGUAUUUUAUCCAUCACGGUGUGUGCAGCCAUUUCCCUAAUGUAUAUUAAUAUGACACUGUUGAAAAGGCCAUGUGUAUAAUAAAGAUUACAAAAGUAUUUAAUACUGAUCACA